AUGCGCCUUACUGCUGCUAUUGCUGUGCUCGCCGUUGGUGGCAUCGCUAGAGCUCAACUCUCCAAUAUCCCCCAAUGCUCUCUUACCUGUUUCACGUCGACCCUUGGCGGGGACGGCUGCUCUGAGCUUACGGAUUUCGCGUGCCAUUGCCAAAAGCCUGGCCUCGCAGCGGAGAUUGUGCCCUGCAUCAAUAAAGCCUGUGAUGUCACGGACCGACUAGCCGUAUCCAGCCUCGUUGGAUCCUUGUGUUCCGGUGUUGGCCAUCCGGUCUCUAUCCCCGCGGUGGACACAUCGGCUCCUACAACGACUGGCGCAGGAGGCAUCUCAUCCACAGCAAGGAACUCCAAUGCUACCACGGUCAGUGGUGUCGGGCCAAGCUCCUAUUCUACCACGGUCGGUGGUUUGGGGUCAAGCUCCAAGGCUUCGUCCACGAUCACCGCAGCUUUGUCCCAGAGCACCCCCCAGUUUAAUGGUGCUUCUGGCAUUGCACCCGGGGCUGUUAAAAUGGUUGGUAGUGCUAUCCUGUUAGCCAGCAUGAUCUUCUUUGUUUGA